CACAUCAAUUCGCGCCAAAACAAUAACGCAUUUGUCAUUUUAGUUUGAACGUGAAACAAUCCACUGUUGAUUCGGUGCUUGCUAUUUACUGAACAAAGAAAACCAACGCUUGUCGAUUUUUUUUAUAUAUUUUUUGAAGUUUGACCACACACGGAAAGAAAAAUGUUUGAAGCACGCCUUACUUCGUCAGCUGUCUUAAAGAAGGUUCUCGAUGCCAUCAAAGAUUUGCUCAAUGAAGCCACCUUCGAUUGCAGCGAUUCUGGCAUUCAGUUGCAAGCCAUGGAUAAUUCACAUGUGUCAUUGGUGUCGUUAACAUUGCGUUCAGAUGGAUUCGAUAAAUUCCGUUGUGAUCGCAAUUUGUCCAUGGGUAUGAAUUUAGCUAGUAUGGCCAAGAUUCUAAAGUGUGCCAACAAUGAUGACACACUCACAAUGAAGGCACAAGACAACGCUGACACGGUCACCUUUAUGUUCGAAUCGCCAAAUCAAGAAAAGAUUUCUGACUACGAAAUGAAAUUGAUGAAUUUGGAUCAAGAGCAUUUGGGCAUUCCGGAAACAAACUAUGCAUGCAUUGUUCGUAUGCCAUCCAUGGAAUUUGCUCGCAUUUGCCGUGAUUUAUCACAAUUUGGCGAAUCAAUGGUCAUUGCAUGCACCAAAGAAGGCGUAAAAUUCUCGGCAAGCGGUGAUGUUGGUGCAGCCAAUGUAAAACUCGCUCAAACCUCAUCGAUUGACAAGGAAGAAGAAGCUGUUAUCAUCGAAAUGCAAGAGCCAGUUACAUUGACAUUCGCAUGCCGAUACUUGAACUCAUUCACAAAGGCAACACCAUUGUCGACUCAAGUGCAGCUCUCAAUGUCAGCUGAUGUGCCGCUAGUUGUAGAAUAUAAGGUUCAAGAUUAUGGUCACAUUCGAUACUACUUGGCACCAAAGAUCGAAGAUGACGAAAGUUAAACACAAUUUACUGAGCGUGCGCUCCUGCAUAUCUCAAACAUUCGCCUAAUAUUUUACACCCAUUACUCACAUAUACCUUUUUUUUAUUUUUCCAAUUUCCAAUCGCCAAAUAAUUCAGUAAUAAGAACAAACAGACCCAUUCAAACCUUAUCUGCGUAAAAAAUAGAAUAAAAAAUACAUAAUAAGUUUAUUCACAAUUGAGCAGAUAAAAUGAACACCGUACGAAUUAAAUAAAUCAAAGUUUUUGGAACGACUAAAAUCGG